GGUCCUGCGUUCUCUCGCAGCUCUUCUCCUUCCUUUGAUGUUGACUUGAGAACAUGACUUGAAAUUAAAAAUAAUUUACAGAAGCAACCGAUUAUCGAGUCUAACAUUUGUUACUUGUUAAAAUGAAGGUGCCAGAGGAGGAAUUAAUGAGCGAUAUUUUGAAGCGGUUGACGGGCGAGUCUGCACUCCCUGCAUACAGCAACAUUGAAAAGUUCAGACGAGGAAAGGACGGCUUAUACUUCGUCGCGGAGGACUUUCAUGAAACUGUGAAAAAAAGGGAAUUGGUCAACGCCAAGGAACGACUAAGAAUCAGGAACUUGAACCACAUGUUCACCCGCUUGAAGCGAAUGGUGCCACUAAUGCGACCUGACCGCAAGCCCAGUAAAGUGGACACACUCAAAGCUGCAACAGAAUACAUUCGAUUACUUGUUGCAGUUUUGCAGGACACUGCCAGUGAUGGUGGCAGUGGGACUGAUUUCCUAAAGAAAGCAAUCACUUAUGGUCAGAAUGACGGCUUGGGCAACGACCUAUGGAGAGUGGAUGAUUUGCUGAGCUUGUCAGAGGAGCGCAUGGAAGAUGGUUUCACCAUGACCCCGGAACCGGUAUCUGAGGAUGGAGAUAUGAGCAGACUGGUGUUGCAACAUUGUGUGAUGCCUGCAUACCAGUUCAUCAUUCAAGUAGCACCGGAUCAGACUUUGAUGAAACUGUUGCCAUGGCUGAACCUGCCAUGGAACGCUGCGGCCUGCUUGUCUGUUGUGUGGGAUUUGUUGACCGCAGGGCGCUUCAACCAUUUUGCAGUUGGAGGAAAAGAAGAAGAAGAAGAAGAAGGAGGAGGAAUGGAUAGCCAGGUGGAAGGAAAAGUGACUCCAUUCUGGGAUGGGCUGCCAACCACUCUUUGACUGGCAGAAAAUGGUGAAACGCUACACUGACAAUUACAAAAGGUCCCCUUUCCUCAUCUGGCACGAGUCUGCAAGUACUAGAAGUCAUCAAGGAAACCCAAAAAGAGGCGCUCAGUGUUGUAUGUUUAUGCAUUUUUAUUUUUAUUCCUUUUAUUGAUGAAGCAGAAUGUAGCAAGUUGCAGUUUCAUUUAUGGUAAUUUUGUGUUGGUGGGGGUUAAGUUUGAGUCAAUUUGGAUGAAAUGUAAUCCACAGUUUAGUCCACAUUGUCUUCUGUUGUGCUAACUGUGUAGAGAGUUAAACAAUAAAAAUUAAAAAAGUGAACUCCGUAUUGAGAAAUGCGUGUUACCAAUUGUUAAAAUGCCAACUUGGGUACUCUAGCUAUAUAAUUCAAUGUGAGUACACAAAUGUUGAAAUGACAUAAAAUGUCUCCAUCUUUCAAAUACAUCUCCAAUAUUUACCUGUGGUUUGUAGCGUCUCUGGUCAUGCAACUGUUUGUUUUGCACUGUUUUUUGCACAGUACCUUUUUUGAAAAGGUAUCUGGAAGUCUGGAAUGUGUCUGUGACAUAGACUGUUAAUAUACAGUCUAUGGUCUGGGGACACUAGUUGUUGCACUUGACCAAUGACCAUUAAUAGCGCUUUAUGUUCUAUGCU